GAAGAGGCAAUGGGCCGGGUCACUUUUAUAGCAUUUCAAAAAAUGGUCAUAUUUUUGUCCAAAAGAAAGUUGAGGAGUCAUAUUGAUGCCACUCUUUCUAAGAAAAAUGCGUGAUAGAAUUGUCUAUAGACAGACAACUAGUCUGCCGGGGGAUAGACGAAUGUAUCCCAACCAAACUCGGGUAAUAUAACGGCAGCUACAGACACAAACACAUGGCCUCAACGGAAAUACAAAACUAUGCCCAGACUACUUUCGGGUCCCAAGUUACAGCCCCAUCGAAUCCGCAUAAUUUUGCAUUCAACUGCGUCAUUAGAGCAAUCUUUCACGAAAGAUGCUUUAUUUUUUUUAUUUUUCCCAUGUGGAUCUCUUCUGACUGGUAACAAACAAACCAUUUGGCCAAAUGGACUGACCUAUCCAUCGCCAUAGCCUUCCUUUUCAAUUCUUCUCUCGUCCAAGAAACCAUCCGGAAGCAUUUGACCCUUUGACCUCGAAACUCUCUGUUCAUUCUUUAGUCUGGUUUGGAAAAUUAAUCUGGGAAUUGGGAUGGUAAGAUUUAAAGAAGCACCGAUAUGUGCUUUUGUUUUUAUACUAUCAAUCGCUUCUUCUGCUCAGCUUGAUGGAUUCUUCUACACCAGAUUCAAUAAGCCAGAGAACAACAUCAGUUUUAGUGGGGUGGCGACGGUCGCCGGAGAUGGAGUUCUUCAGCUGACGAAUCAGUCCCACCGGACAAAGGGUCACGCUUUCUAUUCCGCUCCCUUCAAAUUCAAGAAUUCCCCCAACGGCUCGGCUUUCUCCUUCUCCACCUGUUUCGCCAUAGCCGUGAUCCCUGAAUAUGAGAAGCUCGGCGGCCAUGGCCUCGCCUUCGCCAUUUCCCAGUCUCUGGAUUUCAGCACGGCUCUUCCCAGCCAGUAUCUUGGCCUGCUCAACUCCCACAACAUUGGGAAUUCGUCGAACCAUCUUUUCGCUGUUGAGUUCGACACAGUCCAGGAUUACGAGUUUGACGACAUUGAUGGUAACCAUGUCGGGAUUAACGUUAACAGCUUGGUUUCCAAUAAGUCCGCCGGAGCUGCGUAUUUCACCGGUGAUUUUAAGAAACGAUAUCUGAAUCUCACCUGUGGAAAGGUGAUUCUUGCUUGGGUGGAAUACGAUUCUGGUUCAAAUCUCAUUAAUGUCACCAUUUCCCCUUCUUCUUUGAAACCCAGAAUUCCCCUUCUGUCACACCGCUUAGAUCUAUCUGGUGUUCUGAAAGAGAAUAUGUACGUCGGCUUCUCUUCCUCCACCGGGCUCCUCGCCGGAGCUCAUUACAUAUUAGGGUGGAGCUUUAAAAUCAACGGCGAAGCCAAAAGCAUCAAUCUUCAUUCUCUCCCAUCGAUCCCCGGAGUCAAGAAAAGGCACGUGGCUCUCGUUGCUUCGGCCUCUGCGUCGGCGGCGGUUUUAGCCUUACUUUCCGUUCUGGUGGGAGUUUAUGUGUUCAAGAAAGUCAAGAAUGCUGACGUGGUGGAGUCGUGGGAGCUUGAGAUUGGUCCGCACAGAUAUUCCUAUGGUGAACUCAAGAAAGCCACAGGCGGUUUCAAGAACAGCGAAUUACUCGGGCAGGGCGGAUUCGGUCAGGUCUACAAGGGGAUUUUGUAUGUUUCCAAAACUGAAAUCGCAGUGAAAAGAAUCUCGAAUGAAUCCCGACAGGGGCUACGGGAAUUUGUGUCCGAAAUCUCAACAAUUGGGAGGCUAAGACAUAGGAAUCUGGUACAGUUACUAGGAUGGUGCAGAACCCGUUGUGAUCUAAUGCUCGUCUACGAUUACAUGCCGAACGGAAGCUUGGAUGGUUUCCUAUUUGACCGUCCCAAGUCAGUGUUAACAUGGGAACAAAGGUUCAACAUUAUCAAAGGCGUCGCCUCGGGACUGUUAUACUUACACGAGGAAUAUGAACAAGUUGUGAUACACCGUGACAUCAAGGCUAGUAAUGUGCUGUUGGACGGGGAGAUGAAUGGACGUUUAGGGGAUUUCGGGCUCGCUAGGUUACACGAGCACGGGAGCAAUCCGGGGAUGACUCGGGUUGUGGGGACAUUGGGCUACUUGGCACCAGAGCUUUCGAGGACAGGUAUAGCAACGACAAAAUCAGACGUGUUCGCAUUUGGGGCGUUGUUGUUGGAAGUGGUUUGUGGAAGGAGGCCAAUAGAGUUGAAGGCCGCUCGGAUACGGGAGUUGGUUUUGGUAGAUUUGGUAUGGGAGAAGUUGAAAGAAGAGAGGAUUAUCGACGUGGUGGAUUGGAGGAUGAAGGGGAAGUUUAAGGAGGAUCAAGUGGUGAUGGUGUUGAAGUUGGGGCUCAUUUGCUCAAGCAAUGACCCGACCGCCCGACCAAGCAUAAGGCAGGCAUUGAGUUACCUCGACGGAGAAGCCCGAUUGCCCGAGGUUAUGAUGGAGCCGGAUCAUCAACACAACGAGAAUAAUAACAAUGACAGAAAUGAUGGGGGAGUUGGGAUUCAAGAGCAUUGUGAGCUUACUUCCUCACAGAUUGGUACUAUUUUUGCUUCCUCAUCAUCUGCUUCACCUCAUUCCCCUUACUAGAAUAGUAGGGGGUAAAAGAGUCUGUUUGCCAUCGUCCAUAGUCAGAGUUCCAUACUUGUUUCUGGCUAGCAAAACUUGAUGGGCAUUAUUUCUCAUUUAGAGUCCCUAUAAAGACACAGAUAGGUUUGGAAGCAUAUAUGGUUCAUACUUGAAUUGGGAGUUCCAUAAAUGAUUCAAAGCAAAUGGGCAAGUGCAGGGAUAAUAACACAGUGAAACAAUGUUGGAUUAUAAUACAGCAAAUGCUCAAAAUAUGCUGGGCGCCUGGGCUGACAAACUACAGGUUCAUUUGGGUCUUUAGAAAAGGGCCUCACUAAGUAUGGGGCUAAAGAUGUUUUCUAUUGUACCGUUUUCAAUCCCAGACUUGUUCAUAUUAACUCAGAUAAGACCAGACUUAAAUAAACAAGACUACACAAGACUAGACCUAUAUGUUAGUUUUUAACUGCGAAGUAUAUAUGUUAUUUGAUACUUCAAAAAAUAUAAAAAAUAGAUAAAAA